UUGUAGUGAGCUUUUCCCUUUUGGGAAGACAGCUUGGAAUCAUUUGAGAAUAUAAAUACAAUUCUCAGAACACCCAUUUUCCUUCCACCGUUCUCCUCCGGCUUCGGGAUUUGAGAAGCCAUUGUCGGUGGCAGGGAAUGUGUUUUUGCUCUCUCCUGGUUCAUCUCCUUCGCUAACUUAGUUUCUCAUUCUUGAUAGAUGUCUAAUAAAGAUGAUAUUGAGAACCCCAAUAAUGCUGAUAAGGUCAAGAAAGGGCCAGGGACUUCUGCUUUAUCAGGUGAGAUCCCAUCAAACUGGUAUGCCAUGGUUCUGCAGCAAGUCUCAGUAUACGGUGUUGCUGCCGGGUACUGUAUUUCCGCCUCCCUGCUUUCUAUCAUCAAUAAAUGGGCAGUCAUGAAGUUCCCGUACCCGGGUGCCCUGACUGCCCUGCAAUACUUCACUAGUGCUGCUGGAGUUUUUGUUUGUGGUCAGGCUGGAUUUAUUGAACACGAUCGCCUUGAUCUCUUGACAAUGUGGCGGUUCCUACCUGCUGCUAUUAUAUUCUAUCUAUCUCUAUUCACCAACAGUGAACUUCUCUUGCAUGCUAAUGUUGAUACGUUCAUCGUUUUCCGCUCAGCAGUACCUAUUUUUGUUGCCAUUGGUGAGACUCUUUUCCUGCACCAGCCCUGGCCAUCGAUGAAGACAUGGCUCUCACUCGCUACCAUCCUCGGUGGUAGUGUUCUUUAUGUACUUACAGAUUAUCAAUUCACCUUGGCAGCUUACUUUUGGGCUCUGGCUUAUCUCAUAAGCAUGUCCAUAGAUUUUGUGUACAUAAAGCAUGUUGUUAUGACCAUAGGGCUGAACACAUGGGGUCUUGUUCUGUACAACAACUUAGAGGCACUUCUAUUGUUUCCAUUAGAACUUCUUAUCAUGGGUGAACUCAAAAAAAUCAAGCACGAAAUCUCAGACGAAUCGGAUUGGCACUCAUUUGCAGUCGUUUUGCCUGUUGGGUUAUCAUGCCUAUUUGGCUUAUCGAUCUCCUUCUUCGGAUUCUCUUGUCGAAGAGCUAUUUCUGCUACUGGAUUCACCGUACUCGGAAUCGUGAACAAACUCCUGACAGUUGUGAUUAAUUUAGUCAUCUGGGAUAAGCAUUCGACAUUCAUUGGAACUGUGGGGCUAUUGAUAUGUAUGUUCGGUGGAAUUCUAUAUCAACAAUCGACGAGCUCGAAGCAAAAGGCAGCCACGAAAGAGGUAAGAGUACAAGAAACUGAGGAAGAAGAGCAACAAAAGCUACUUGAGAUGCAAAGCGCUUCAGUUAGUGAAUCAGAGGAUGGAAGAUCAUGAAAUGCUUCCAAAUGGUAAUGCAUUCCUUACCUUUUUUUGGUCAUACAUAUCAAUUUCACUUCAUCCAUAGAAGUUUUCUUCAUAGAAACUCUAUUUGGUUGCAUUCUGGAGUCCAAAUUUAUCAUAACUUGGCAACUUAGUGUCAUACAAGAACUCUUUGAUAGCAGUUAGUUCCAUUUGAUGUAUAUCUUACUAUGUUUGUUGAAAUUGUUCUUGUUUUUCCCUUCAGUGUCUUAGAUGGAAGUAGAUAUAUCUGUGAUAUUGUAGCUUUUGUAGGUUGUUUCAGAAAUUCAUGAAUUGAAUCAGCUAUAAGUUCCGUGAGUUGAA